CGGGUAAGGGGGCGGGGCGUUGCGCUUGCGGCUCCUCCUCUGUCAGUGGCUGCCGCGCCGGCGGAGAGCGGAUGUUGUUAUUGUUGUUGUUCCUGUGCGUCCCUCUUCCCUCCCCCUCUCCCCCUUGGGGGUUCAUGACGGACGCUUCCUCCCAGCGGCUCUGAGAGGCGACUGCGGUGGCGGCAGCAGCUCUUGGGCGGUCGAGGAAGCUGUGGCUACUGGCCUUGCCCCGUGGCUUCUCCUCCCUCCUCUGGUCCCUCCAUCCCGGCUUCCUUCUCUCGUGAUUCCUCGGGAGGCUCAUCGCGGCCUGGCCUGGCUUGGCCUCAGCCCAGCUCGGCCAUGGCGGACUUCGACGAGAUCUAUGAAGAAGAGGAAGAUGAAGAGCGGGCCUUGGAGGAGCAGCUGCUGAAGCACUCGCCGGACCCGGUGGUGGUGCGCGGCUCCGGCCAUGUCACUGUGUUUGGGCUGAGCAACAAAUUUGAAGCAGAAUUUCCUUCAUCAUUAACAGGAAAAGUUGCACCAGAGGAGUUUAAAGCUAGCAUUAGCAGAGUGAACAGCUGUCUUAAGAAGAACCUUCCAGUUAAUGUCCGAUGGUUACUCUGUGGAUGCCUUUGCUGCUGCUGUACUUUAGGUUGUAGUAUGUGGCCAGUGAUUUGCCUCAGUAAAAGAACACGAAGAUCGAUUGAGAAGUUAUUAGAAUGGGAAAACAAUAGGUUAUACCACAAGCUGUGCUUGCAUUGGAGGCUAAGCAAAAGGAAAUGUGAAUCGAAUAACAUGAUGGAAUAUGUCAUUCUUAUAGAAUUUUUACCAAAGACACCAAUUUUCCGACCAGAUUAACAUUUGCUUUACUUAGAGACUUACCCAAGUAUGUUGUCUUUCCAAUGGUGCCUUGCUUGGUGCUCUCCUGGUGGUCAUAUAGAAUUGGUUCUACAGAAUCUUGUGGUGUUCUUCCUUCUUUUGUUUUUUUUUAUAACAGCAUGUUCAAAGUGCAUGUUGUCAAAUUUUGCAGAUGUCAUUUC